AUGGCAGCUUUUGCCAGAACACAGCGUGGCAAGAUACCGGCAGCAGAAGAGCGCUGUGUAGCGGGGAUACGAAUGCUGAUUUCGGACUUAAGCGAAGCGUCGAGUGAGUGCGAAUUGCAACUGAAGUUGCUGGGCGCGCUGCUGGCUUGGGCCGCACAGAAAGCAGUGGAGAAGAUCGAUGUGAUGAUUGACGUGCAGUUGCAGUGUCUUCAGCUCGUCUCAGCUCGUCUAGGCGAUGGUAGGGAUGUGCGAAGAUGGCUACAUUUAGGAGAUCAGGUGCUAGCUGCUUUGCGUCACAAUGCAGCGCUGUUGGUGAAGCAGGAUUCCCAAGAUACUGGGAAUGAGGCACGGGUUGAUUGUGGAGAGUCGAGACGGUAUAUGGUCAAGAUUGCGUCGAUAUUGAUGCAGCUACGCGAGAAAGUCGCGACAGCUGACAAUACUUUGCGUGAUUUGAAAAUCGAGACAUUUGUGUGGAAGAAUGUAGUGAAGCUGGCAGCACUCGUCGGUCCUUUGAUGACGAGCGUUGCUAAGGUUGGAGAUGACGCCGGUGACGAGAAUGGAGUGAAAACUUAUAGUGCCGAUGACAUGUUAGCUACUGUCGUGGUAUCGUUGGAAUGGAGUGCUGGCCAGUUGGUGCGUGAUUCGAAUCCGACAACUAAUGGGAUGCUAGACAUCGGUGUGAUGAGAUUCCUUAAGCUGUAUUGGCGAGUAUUCCAGCGACUGGUCGUGGCUUUUGCAGGAUCCGUGGAGCACGAGUUAGAGACUUGUGUCUUGGCGAUUGUCAAUGUCACCGCAUGUUUACUCUACGCCGCACAUGACACCUCGAUUCCAGAGGUUUCUGGAUUUCAGCAAGAGCUGCGUGCAAUGAUGGAUCAAGCACUCGACAUUUCGGUGAAGCUGGCGGGGAAUGCUACACACUGCCAAAUUAGGAAGGAAAUGCGCGCGUUACUUUGGCAUCCUGCUGAAGAGAUGGUGCGAGCGGUGAGGCAGCGCCAGCAGUUAGACAAGGUGAAGAAGGGCAUUGAGAGCGCGAUACGGUGGAGUCACCUUCUUCUCCUCACUGCGUAUGCGGGUCUAAGUAGGGACGUUGUGAUGGAUAGCACUGGUGAUGCUUUACAAAGUGACGACUUCUACAGAGCUGCUGAAGUUGCGCAGCUGUUUGCGCGAUACCGAGACUGUGAACUGACUGACCCCAAGGUCCACUCGAUCGAAUUAUCGGAGCUGUUCACGGAUGUGCUGCUAGGACAUCUUCAAAGCUUUCACAGCACAGCAGAGCUCCAGCUGACGCUUCUAAAGCAAACGCUGUAUCCCGAUUGGGUGCAACAAACUUUAUGCUGGAAUAUCUGGCGGGAACUUUUGUGCUAUUACUGGAACGAAGCGCUUGGUGCGCAGGCUCUCCAGGUGUUAUUUGAUGUUGCACAGUGGGACGACGAUAGCUCCGACGGAUCGUUCGUGCUGGCGAAUGGAGUCGGAGACGAGGUGCUUCGCUUGAUAGCUUUCGUGUAUGCCGAUUUGCCUACAUCGCUCCAGGAUGUGUGUCUGGACCAAGUAACCGCAUUUAUCGAUAUCAUUAGCAGUGAAGGCCCUGGCCACCAAUUUGAUAUGAAAGUGGUAUCUCAAGCGCAUUUGCUUGAGCAACUAGUUGGCGUUCGGUUCCUGGCUGUGUACAAUGGACCGUUGAAGGAUGAGUGGGUUGCUAAGUAUCUUCCCAUCUGCUUCCAAUCUUGUAGCACCGUUCUCGACCUUUUGUCAUCUGAAGCAAAGGUUCUACCAGACAAGCGUGGCAGUGUUCUUGGAAUGUUACGCGUGCUUGACAUGUGCCUCCUCGUGUUGAGAAGUGUUUUAGAUGACAACAAAUUGCAGGAUGGUGAUUUCGCGGAAUUUUCGGUCGUUUUAGUCCGUAUCUCUACCGACGCAUUAUCCCAGCUGGCAGUACAGGGCAAGCACGCUACGGUCUUACACGUGAUGGGGAAAAGACUUCAGCCGUUGUCAAAACGCCUGAGCCGAACUGUGGCGUUGGAGGAGGCAGGGUUGCGAUGCAUUGGACGGGCUACUGAAACGUCGUUGUAUAUACUUACAAGCCUUGGGUCUGUGCUCAAGUCAAACUCGAAGAAUCAGUGCGUCCAGACAAUAAAGGACCUGCUCACGAUUGUGGCAAACGCACAAGACUUGGGACACAAGGGUUUUGUAGGCAUAAUGGUCCAUACGGCACUAUUCGUGAACGCAGCGCUGUUUGACAUGCAAAUAGCUUGUCGUGACAUGGCUGUUGUGUGGCGAUUGCUGCUUGCUCUGUUCAAACAGAUCUUCGAUGGUAUUCACAUCGUCAGCCGCCAUGGUACUCGAGCGCCCCUACUUCUUUCGUUGAGCCUCGGUGCCUUGUACAGGUUGUUUGCUCACUCAAACAUCGUCGAAAUGCCAGGUGUAACGUUGAGGUCAAUAGUAUCGGGGGAAGUGGAGUCGUUUCGACAGAGUGCGUUAAUGCGAAAGCUUUCCCCAGAAGAGGUGGCCAAGACGUUGGAAUCAGCUCAGUCCCGUAUGCUGCAGUCUCUUUGGCAGAGUCGAAGUACAUCAUACCGUGUUUUCAGGAAUCGUUUUCCUGAUGAACCAGCCGAACUGUAUGCGGACAUUCAGCAGAGCAGCAACGAUGUCUCGGUGACACCAGCAAAACGGUUUGCAGGCGACUCAGGGACAGUUCCAAAGAAGUACCACAAGAUCAAUCAUCUCCGUUCGCUUUGUCGAGAAAUGGAGUCCUCGCUCUCGUCUAUGACAGAUAAUGAGACGGCGACGGACAUCUUGUCCGACGGGGAGCUGGAAAACGCCACGACCGCGCUUCACAAGAUUCUUGCCAAAACAGUCACGCUGUCAUCAUAG